GGUGUUUAUUGACGUAAGAAACGUCACACAUCCAUGGGUUUUGCAAGGGGGGCGGGUUGCAAGAUCUAACAUCCAGUGUUUGCUAAAAGAUCCUCGGAUUUCAAAUCUUCGGCUAACGAACGUAGCCACUGAACCCUCACCGGUUCGGCGGUUCCCUGUUAACGCUGCUUGGGGUGGAGGAGCACAGCUCCAGCGGAUUGGAGAAGCUUCUUCCUGCAACGGUUGGGUCUAUCAGUCCGCCUCCGCCCUCGGCUUCUACCUGCGCAGCACCGGCAGCCAAGUGCUCUCCGGCCCCCUCUCGCUCUUUCCUUUUGUGUAUCUACAUUCAUCUCUCUGUCUCUCUGCUGUGCGUUCGCUGUCGUGCGUUGGACUUCCUUUCUCUCUUUUAAGAGUUCAUCAGCGUUCGGGUAAAAGAACUCUAGUAUUUUCAGAAACACUAAGUGGUUCGUGCAAAUGGGGAAGAGGAAACGGAUGGAUGAUGGAGGCCUCAAGCAUGAUCAUGGGAAUGAUGCCCAAUGCUCCAGAUCUACAUUAUUUGUCACUAAUUUACCCUAUUCAUUCUCUUCUUCAGAUCUUGAAGCAACAUUCUCUGAUGUAGGGCCACUUCGUCGCUGCUUCAUGGUUACAGAAAAGGGAUCAAAUGAAAGUAAAGGCUUCGGAUUUGUGCAAUUUGCAGCUUCAGAGGAUGCUACUCGUGCAUUGCAACUGAAGAAUGGGACGACAAUAGGCGGAAGAAAAGUUAAGGUUGAACUUGCGAUGUAUCGCAGUUCCAAUAGGAAACAUAGGGAUAACAAAGAUUCUGAUGAUAGUCUAGUUCAUCUUGAAAAGAAGGAUCACAUUUCUAAGGAACUUGUCGGGAAGUCCAAAGAGAUGAAAUCCAACUCUAUGUCGAGCAGAAAUGGUUCUGAAAAGCAAAGGGUGGCCAAAACAGUGGUGCUUGGUGGUCUUACUCCUGAGAUGGCUGAAGAAGUAUUCUGUUAUGUGAGAGAGAUUGAUCAUCUUGUCACCAUUACUUAUCCUCUUCCUGAGGAGGAGCUUCAGCUUCAUGGACUUGUUCGGGAUGGAUGCACGAUAGAAGCUUCUGCUGUGCUCUUUUCUAGUGUCAAAGCAGCUCGUGCUGCUGUUGCCCGGCUGCAUCAAAGAGAGAUAAAGGGAAUCUGUGUUUGGGCACGGCAACUAGGGGGAGAGGGUUCGAAGACUCAGAGAUGGCGGGUUAUCAUAAGAAAUCUGCCCUUCAAGGUUACCGCUGAAGAGAUUAGCAGUUUGUUUCGUUCAGCUGGCUUUGUGUGGAAGGUAUCCAUUCCGUACUCGUCUGAGAAAGGAACGUCAAAGGGCUUUGCUUUUGUUACUUUCACUUGCAAGAAAGAUGCAGAAAAGGCUAUCUCAAUGGUCAAUGGACAGAAAGUUGGAAAAAGAGUUGUUGCUGUUGAUUGGGCAGUUUCAAAGAAGAUCUACACUAGCUCUACUACUGAUAAACCUUUGGAUGGAAAUGGAAGAGGUACUAUUGGACCUGGUUCUUACGGUGACUCAUCCUCUGCUGAUGAUGUGGAUGACAGCAUUGAUUUAAAGGAAACAGAGAAACCUUCAGACCACCACUCAGAAGGUUGUGAACUGAGUGACUUCGAUGCAGAGGCUUGUUCAGGAGAAACAACUGUGGGUGAGGAGGAUGUUGCUAGAAAAGUUCUUCAUAACUUGAUCUCAGAUUCUCAGGACAAGCAGCAUAAAUCAUCUCCUAGUUCUGAACUCCAUGGCGAUGAGCUUGAAACUGAAGUCCCACUUGCAAAGGUUACUCUAGCUCCUGAGGCAGAGAGGCACACUUCUGAGAUGCCCCGUGAGCAGGAUAAUGAUCUGGAGAAGACCAUUUUCAUAAGUAACCUCUCCUUUGGUGCAGAGGAACAGGAAGUGAAACAGUGCUUCACUGCCUUUGGGGAAGUGCAAUCUUAUCUUCCAGUUCUUCAUAAAAUCACAGGGCGGCCUAAGGGAACUGCAUUUCUCAAGUUCAGAUCUCCAGAAGCCACUGAAGCUGCAGUUACAGCAGCAAACAGUCUCAAGGGCAUUGUUAUGGGAGGAAGGCAGUUAACUGUUAGAAAGGCUUUGGACAAGAAAUUAGCCAAAGAAAAGGAGCUGAAAAACGAGAAGAAGGAAAAAGACCAACGAAAUCUUUACCUUGCAAAGGAAGGUCUGAUUCUUCGUGGGUCUGCUGCAGCUGCUGGUGUAUCCAAGGAGGACAUGUUAAAGCGUGAAUUAUUGAGCAAGAAAAAAGAACUGAAAUUGCAAUCACCGAACUUUCAUGUCUCAAAAACAAGACUGAUAAUUUAUAAUGUACCAAAAUCAAUGUCCAAUAUAGAACUGAAGAAGCUGUUUGCCAAUGCAGUCACUCAGAGAGCUUGCAAGCAGAAACCUACAAUCAAACAGGUCAAAAUUUUAAAAGACAAGAAGAAGCUAACUGCAAGCACAAGAGAUGGAUCUCGGGGAGUUGCAUUUGUUGAGUUCAGUGAACACCAACAUGCACUUGUAGCCUUACGGGUCCUUAACAACAACCCUGAAAUUUUUGGUCCUGAACGUCGCCCCAUUGUUGAGUUUGCGAUUGAGAACGUCCAUGCUGUGAAAAGAAGACAGGUAAUGCAGAGCAUCCAAAAGGAGAAUAAGGAUGCUAGUGUUCAGCAGAAGUUUACUGAAGGCAGCACACAAAAUGAUCGUAAGGUGAAACGUGAAGUACAGAAGACCAAAACUAGUAAUACUUCAAAUAAUGCAUCUAGUUCUGGUGAUAUGGUCAAACUGGUACAGGAAAAUGCCAAAAAUGAAAGGUCAACCACAAAACGUGCCCGUGCUUUGAACUUAUUAACAAAAUCCAAAGCUGAGAAACCAGGUUUGAUGUCUACCAGCAAUCUUAAGUUCUUCAAGACAGUGAAGAAGGACCAUGCUACAGAUAAAGAGGAAAAUCCUGUAGAUUUUGGUGCAAAUGCAAAGACAGCGGCAUCAAAAAAGAAGAAAGACCAGGAUGGUCUUCCAUUGGAGGAACGUAAGAGAAGGAAAACUACAAAGCAGAAGAAAGCACCUCAGCUGGAAUUAGCGGGCAAGCUUGAUCGAUUAAUUGAACAGUAUCGCUCUAAAAUUUCCAGCACGAAAUGACUAAAGAAAAAGGCGGACAGCUUCAUAGUGUUCAUGGGAGGUGGUUCCCGUUACUGCAAGCUUUGUGGCUCUGCAUGUUGCUGUAUAUAAGCAUGAUGGGGACAGAAAAGGGGAAAAUGUGGUGACAAGAAGACGGAUGUUUGUUGCUUCUUAAGGCCAAUAAGAAAUGGGUGCAGAAACUGGCGGAAGAGCAUAAGGAUGUACUUGGUCGUGUCAGUUGAGUGCUAAUCAGCCCGCUUGGUAUCCUAGGUCUUGCGGACCAGAAAGGUCUCCCAUAGUUUUGCUGAGCAAAGAGAAACUAGAUUGUGCGGUACAAUAUUUAACAUAAGAAGGAUAAGCAGAAAAUUUUGACGAUAUCUUUUGGACUUAACAGGUUUUAACCAGACAAAUCCACGACAAGUUCUACCAAACUUGAAAAAAGUUUGUGGUGAUGAAUUUUAUUUUAUCUUAUGUUAUUUUUUUCCCCCGGAUAUUGCAGGUCUUGGGUGUGUUUAUAUCAAAAAUACCGACUGCCCAAGAAGAAGAAUAAUUGUGGGAAUCCUUCCAAGCGUUCCCUUGGUCUAUUUGAUGCAUCUUUUGGUGGAGGUGGCUUCUUCUUUAAUGACAUUUUGAGUAUGAGUUGGUCCAA